AAUAUGUUUUUGAGGCAUGUACGUCCCUCCCCUUGUGUCUCCUUUAAUGCCUCACCAGAGCAGGAGCUGACCUUUGCUUUGAGAUGUCUCGUGAGCAGCAGCGGCUGUACUUACAAUGGACUCACACCAGCUUCCUGCUUUCCCCUCCUCCCCUGUCACCCCAGGACCCCCACUCAGCUCCACUGCAGCCCCUGGAUCCAGCUCCCGUUUUCAUGGAGACGGAGUCCGCUAUAAGGCCAAACUGAUCGGCAUUGACCAUGUCACCAGUGCAGAGGGGGAAAAGAUGUGCUGGGACUCCAUGAUGAAACUCAAGGGUUUUGAGGCAGCAUUCCGUAAACAGGGCCGGCAUAAGCAGAGGGUCUGGCUGAAGAUCUGCUCCGGAGGAGUCAGGAUCCUGGAUGAGAGGACUGGGGGUGAGAUGUACAUCCAUGAGAAGGGCGCUAUCAGUGCAGUGACCAGAGAUGAGUCUGACCCAAGAGCCCUGGCCUAUGUCUACAGGCAAAUAGAAGAUUUCUACCUGUUCUACCUGCGCAUGGCCACUCUGGCUGAACCUGUCCUGAAUGACAUCAAAGAGGUGUGCCGAGCUGUGGACCCAGAGCUGGCCCAAGAGAACCCAAGUGAAGCCCCCCAAAGCAGUGCCUUGCUGGUUGUUGAAGAAGCCUCUACACUUCCCCCUGAGGAGCCAGCCCUGAAGACCACCUUCAGUCCUCAUCCUGACGCAAACACCGAGUUCAAACAGACCUCAGCCUCCUCUGAGCUGAUGGAGGUGUUCUCUGUUCCUCUGAAAGAUCCCAUUGAACCAGACGGGUGUCCUACUGCUGUGUCUGCCCCUGCAAGCAUGGAGCCUCCCAAACCUGCCCUGUCCAACACGCAGAUCCUGUCCAUGUUCUCCCCACAGCCAGGAGGUUCUCUGUACCCCUCCUCUCCCUGGGCACAGCAGGGGAUUGUGGGUCAUCAGUGGGCGGGUCCUGUGGGUGGAGCUCCCUGGCCCUCUCUUCCCAGUCACAUGGCAGGAUGGACACAAGCAGGACCCCCUCCUGGACCUGUGAUGAACAACGUACCAGCUCCAGACAAUGUCCCACAGCCUGUGAACGGAACCAACCCAAACCUGCUGCUGUGAGGCACUACCUGCCCUACAAACCCCUCACCCCUGUUGCUGUGAGGCAUCCACACACACCCAUGCCACUGUAUGCCAUGAGAUGGCAGUGAGGGCACUGCCAUCCUACUAGUUCCUUUUGGAACUACUUUGCAGUUCCAAAAGGGCAUGUGCAGAAUUUUAUU